CGCAUUUUCUCUCUUUCUCUUCUUCGUGUAUAAAAAGUAUCCAUAGCCGCCUCAACCUCAAUAAGGAAUCGCGCACUCACAACUCUCUCUCUCUCUCUCUCUCUCUCUCUCUCUCUCUCUCUCAUCAUCGAUCGGAUCCCGCCGCCCUCGUCGAAGGGGAGGAGGAGGAGGAGGAGGAGGUGCGAUCAUGGCGGAUCAGCUCACGGACGACCAGAUCGCGGAGUUCAAGGAGGCCUUCAGCUUGUUCGACAAGGACGGGGAUGGUUGUAUCACGACCAAGGAGCUGGGGACGGUGAUGCGAUCGCUCGGCCAAAAUCCAACUGAGGCGGAGCUGCAGGACAUGAUCAACGAGGUGGACGCAGAUGGGAACGGCACAAUCGACUUCCCCGAGUUCCUCAACCUCAUGGCCCGCAAGAUGAAGGACACAGACUCCGAGGAGGAGCUGCGGGAGGCCUUUAGGGUUUUCGACAAGGACCAGAACGGCUUCAUCUCCGCCGCGGAGCUCCGCCAUGUCAUGACCAACCUCGGGGAGAAGCUUACUGAUGAGGAGGUUGAGGAGAUGAUCCGUGAAGCCGAUGUAGACGGUGAUGGCCAGAUCAACUAUGAAGAAUUUGUCAAAAUCAUGAUGGCCAAGUAAAAAGAAACAACAAUGAUGGGCAGUGAUAUUAGCAUAGCAGAAAAUAUUAUUACUGGAGCAUGUGCUUUAAACAUGGUCAGUGUUCAUACGGUAAAACUUGACCAAGUUUGGUGAACCUUCUAAUAUCCCAACAACAAUUUCAGCUAUGCUAAUAUCACUGCCUAUGGACUUCUCUUCUUCUACCGGCAGUAUCGUUUGGUUUCCAUCCCAGUGGUUAUUAUCUCUAUAGGUAAUAUUAGCUGUUUGAUUAGUUUUUAGUUGUGGAAAGAAGAAGAAUCGUGGGUUGGUUGGUUGGCUUGUGCUUUUAUCGUGUGUUCUUACUAAUGUUCUUAUAAUUUCUAUUUCCUGCUCUUUCAUUUUCUUCGGAAUUGUGGAUUUACAAUCCAUGCAGUUUCUCUUAUUCUACUGUAGCUGUCUAUUUCUAAAAUUUCCGUUUCCUUUCAUUUUCUCCUCCUCUUAUAUUUACUCAACAAUCAUGCAUGCCGUGUGGUUUCCUUUUGAUAAUCGAGUCUAAUACUUGCUUGUAAUAAAGGUGUCGCCUUUUU